AUGACUCGUAUUAUUUCUUUAACUGCCCUGGUGGCAGCUCUUGCUGCGUCCAGUGCAGCUCGCCCGUCCCCUCACACCCACGUUGUCCAUGAAAAGCGUGGUGCCAUCUCUGCCCGCUGGGGCGACGCCAUGCGAGUCAGGCCCGAUGCUGAUAUGCACGUCAAGAUUGGCUUAAGCCAGAGCAAUCUUCACCGCGGUCACGACAUGUUGAUGGAUGUAUCCGACCCCUCUUCCGAGAACUAUGGAAAGUUCUGGACCGAGGAUGAAGUCCAUGACAUGUUUGCUCCAUCAGACGAGUCUGUGAGUGCCGUCAAGCACUGGCUAGCCAGCUCUGGAAUUCAUGAGAUCCGCAUCACCCACUCUGACAACAAGGGCUGGUUGGCCUUUAUUGCUUCUGGCAACGAGCUCGAGAAUCUGCUGCACACAGACUUCUACGAGUAUGUCGACUCUGAGACGGGCGACAAGGCUAUUGCCACUGAGCAGUACCAUGUUCCCAAGCACAUCCAGGAGCACAUCGAUUACAUCAAUCCUGGUAUCCGCCUGCCAUACCUCAGGAAGCGCGGCGCUGAGGCGAGAAGCAAGCGUAGUAGUAUCAGCAAAAUCUACAAGCCACCCCAAACUCGCCCUGCUCCUAAAUUCGGCCCCAUGAGUGCUAACACCACCGGCUGCGACAAGCUCAUUACUCCUGACUGUGUGGCUGCUCUCUACAACAUUCCUCCAGUCUCAGUUACCCCUUCGCCCAACAAUUCCCUCGGUAUCUUUGAAGAGGGUGACUACUAUGCACAGUCCGAUUUGGACAGCUUUUUCACUCGCUUCCCUUCCUAUAAGAUUCCUAACGGCACUGCCCCUACUCCAGCUUUCAUUGACGGCGCCAAGGCGCCCCAGCAGUACGCUGGUGGUGAGUCCAACUUGGACUUUAUGCUCGCCUACCCUAUUAUCUACCCUCAGAAUAUCACUCUCUUCCAGACCGAUGACUCUUACUACGCCGCAGGCUAUUCUGAGGGAUUCUUCAACACUUUCCUGGAUGCGAUCGAUGGUUCCUAUUGCACAUCAUGCUAUGCUGGCGAGUGCGGUAAUGAUCCCAAAGACCCUGUUUACCCAGACACCAACUCUACUAGCGGCUAUAAGGGCAAGCUUAUGUGCGGUACCUACAAGCCUACCAACGUCAUCUCAGUCUCUUAUGGUGGCGCCGAGGACGCUGUUCCCCAGUACUACUAUGAGCGUCAAUGCAAUGAAUUCAUGAAGCUCGGUCUCCGUGGUGUGUCCAUCUUCUUCUCCUCUGGUGACUCUGGUGUCGCCUCUCGCAAUGGCUGUCUCGGAAACAGCACUAUCUUUAAUCCAGGAUGGCCUGCCAGUUGCCCUUAUAUCACCAGUGUUGGUGCUACAAAGCUUCCCGAGAACCGUACUGUCACCGAUCCCGAGGUCGCUGCCAAUGACCCAGCUGGGCACCCAUAUUCAUCGGCCUAUGCCACAGGUGGUGGUUUUAGUAACAUCUUUGGCAUCCCUGACUACCAGGCUGACGCUGUUGCCAACUACUUCGAGAAACACAACCCUCCUUACCCGUACUACAAUGGAAGUAAACUCGGCGAGAACGGUGGUCUCUACAAUCGCUCUGGCCGUGGUUACCCCGACGUCUCUGCCAACGGUGACAACAUUGCCGUUUAUGUUAAUGGGGAAUCCAGCUUUAGCGGCGGUACUUCUGCCUCAUCCCCUAUCUUCGCCUCCAUUGUCAACCGUAUUAUCGAUGAGCGUAUCGCCGCCGGCAAGAGCGGUCCUUUGGGCUUCUUGAACCCUAUCUUGUACAAGAACGCCGAUGCCUUCAAUGAUAUCACCGAGGGAACCAACUCCGGUUGCGGAACUGAUGGUUUCUCCACUGCCCCUGGCUGGGACCCUGUUACUGGGCUCGGAACCCCCAACUACCCCAAGUUGAAGGAAGUUCUCCUGAACGCUUAG